AUGGCUUCAUCUCCCAUCUAUCCGCUCUACGAGAAAGCUCUCACGCUCCAUCGCGCCUCACCCCUCUACACCGGCCUCGAACACCCCCUCGAACGCGCCGACCUACAAAACCUCGCCCGAAAGUUUCGCGACAUACUAGCAGGAGGGAUACUCCGAGGUGUACAAGUUGGCUUGGAUCCCGAUUCGACCGUGGUAGGCACCGCAGGCGCACUGCGAAGCGUGGUCUGGGGACCUUUACCAUACGAGGAGCGAUGGGACGAACACAAUGAGGAAAAUAUCGACAAUGAUGAAGAUACGGGCACGGGGCUGGACGAAAGUCGGGGACUCCUGCUCACAAUCACAUAUGAGAAAUCGGAAUAUACGGCGGUAAUGCUACGAGAUACGACGGGGAAUGUUUGGGAUAAUACAUUGGGCGCUGGGAAGGUGGAAGAUGGAUUUGAGAGUUUUCCACUGUUGUUGUGUAAGAUGCCGCCUGCCCUACGAGAUACAUUUGUCGAGUUUUUAGCAACUACGUUCGAUGCGAGAGUAUCGGCCCUUCGAUUCCCGAAUAACUAUAUUAUGGAGUCCUUUGAGCAGUAUGUCACAUACGUGUGUAUAGGGGAGGAUGGCGAACCCCUUAGUGACGCCGAGAGUAGCCGCACGAUCAAAAAAGUGAUCGGAGCAGUGGAAGUACAGAUAGGGUUUGAGGUACCGGGUGGAUCGGCUGCACUGAAGAGCAUAACAAUGAAACUGACCCAACAAGAUUUGCCGCGGAUUAUUGCCAUGGGCAAGAAGAUGCGGAAUACGACGGGGAAUGCGCCAUUCUUUGACGCGAUGGUUGGUUAUGUCAAUAAGCAUCUCGCCAUGGAUUUGACCCACGACAGAGUUAAGAAUACCCGGAUUGCAUGCGAUGCCUUUGUUUUGGGUGCUGAGGGGAGAGUGAAAUUCAUCUACCCAGGUCAGCAGGAGGAGAAUAGCCCUCAGAAGCGUGCUACGAAGCGGUUGGUUCAUGGGUUGAUAGCUUUUGCUAAGGGUUCAGCGAUGGGGAUUGAGGAGCCCUGA